AGCCGGCUGGCUUUCUCCCCUCGCUCCGGACUCGCACCGCCCGCCGCGCGCCAGCAUGGGCCACAAGAGCGUCUCUCUUCUUGGGUUCAUCUGCGCAUGCUGCCUGGUGAGUGCGGAUGACUUCGCCUGGGUGACCCACGAGCCGUUCGCCACGGAGAACCUGGUGUCCAUCGCGCCGUCAGGGCCGCAGCAAGUGACCGCGGUGGCGCCCUGGCCACAGCAGUGGCACUCCUCUCCGAUGCAGCAGCAGCAGCAGCAGCAAAACUUCAAUCCAGUGAGGAUGCUGUUCCAUUCUUCCGGUCCAUGGAAUAAUCACGGCGGAAGUGGAGGUGGUGGCGGCAACGGAGGCGGAGUGAACGACAUCACCACGGUUCACCUCCAAGGUCCGGGACCCGGUUCAUGGCAAGGAGGCAACGCUCCUUGGCAAACCAACAGUGUCGCAUUCCCUUGGCAAAUGCAGCAGCACCAACAGCAGUCUCAAAACCACCAUCAAAACCACCAUCAAAACCACAAUCAAAACCACGGUGGCCCGCCCGGAGAUAUCUCACUCCCGUGGUCCACCCAGCAACAGGGUCAUAUCGCCACUUUCACUUCACUGCCAAGCCCUCCCGUUCAGCACCCACCCAACCCGUGGCAGAACACUGCUCCCAUGGGCGGUGCUCCCUGGCAGUACCAGCAGAACCAGAACAACCACAACAACAAUAACAAUAACAACCAUCCUCAUCAACUGCACCAACAGCAACAAAAUCAGCAGCAGUCUAAUCAGCAACACCAUUCGCAACAACCACAGCAGCCGCCGCCUCCUGAACCAUCGCUGCCGAGGACCCAAGUGAAGCUCAUCUACGUGCCCAUACCCAUCGUGAGGUCCGUGACGCAGCAGGCCGUGUCGUCGCAGCAGGGACAGUGGCAGCAGCAAGGUGGCGGCGGAAGUGGUGGCGGUGGAGGGGCUUCCGUGCAGGUCAUCUGGCCGCAACAGCAGCAGCAGGGUGGCUCCCAGAGCGCGUGGCAGCCAGGCGUCAAGACAAGGGCAUUCUCGGUGCCGGCCAAGACGAUGGGCAGCGCGGGCGCUGUUAUACCAAUCGUCAUCUCGCUCCAGACCACGAGUUCGCGGCCCUCAUCUCCGGCCAAGUCCGAAUUUUCACCUCGGGUGGCUACAUCUCGCGCGGACACGCCCAGAAGUGCAUGGUGGUGAUGAACCGUUUGCUUGCAGGGUGUCACAAGUUUGGUCGGUAGCCACCGACAGGCUCGAAAUCGAAGGUGCGUUCAUAAGUGACGAUCGGCCGCUGAUUGGUGCAAGCGGCCCUUGCCACGACAAAACGGUACUCCUAAAUAAGGCUUAUAUGUACCUGUUCAUUGUAUUUCAUCGAGAAUCACUAUGAGCGAAUUGUGUGUGCCGAUCUUUCACUGACGCUUCGCUUUGUAGAUAUACUUGCGGAAAUUGGAGCGAUAUACGGUGGUCACAUUUCGAGUGUGGAGGCCAAACAUCCACAGACGUCAUCAAAAAAAGAAGGGAAGUUAUACAUAUUGCCCAUGGUAUAUACGUUUGCUCAGCCAGCGGGCUUUUUCAAAACACUCUAGGUGUAAAGGAAGAGACGAAUUGUACCCGCGAACCUUCUACCGUAUCCCUACUUCCUAUGUUCAUUA